AAUUGUUUACAAUAUUUCGUUUUUUUGCCUGAGACAUCAUUGCCACUAUCAACGUUGGAUAAACGUUCGGAGAUAUUUUGGUAUACCAGAAGCAGCAAAACGAAAUACCUACCCUUUUCUCAAAAACAGCAAUCAACAUUACAUAGUCUGCUCUAGUGCUGAAAAAUGUCUCUGGCAGAUGAGUUACUAGCCGAUCUUGAAGACGAUAAUGACGAUACCGAGGAACUUCUGGAAUCCGUCAAACAGGAACCCAAGUAUGAUGCUACUGAACCUCUGGUUUCCGAAGACGAAGAGGAGGCGGCGGUCGUAGCCGAUGUAAAAGAUGAACCGAUGGAAGUAGAUGUUAAAGUUGAUUCUAUCAGAGAGAUCUGCAAAUUACGUGAUUCUGACCGUUUGUGUAAUGUGCUAUCUCAAAUCGAAAUGUUCGCCAAGAAUCCUCGGAAGACUUCGGAAAUGAUUGGGAAUGUUGAGUCGGAUCCGGAGUAUCAGCUCAUAGUGGAGGCUAACAACAUCGCUGUGGAUAUCGAUAAUGAAAUAUCUAUUGUUCACAAAUUUGUCAAAGAUAAAUACCAAAAAAGAUUUCCCGAACUGGAUUCCCUAAUAAUGGUCGAAAUGGAUUACAUUCGGAGCGUGAAAGAGCUGGGAAAUGAUCUGGAUCAAGCGAAAAACAAUGAACGACUGCAGGAAAUUUUAACCCAGGCCACUAUUAUGAUCGUCUCCGUAACAGCUUCUACUACACAAGGAGUUCGUUUAGAGCAGAAGGAACUCCAGCAAAUAUAUGAGGCCUGCAGCAUGGCUAUAGAAUUGAAUGAUUUCAAAAGCAAAAUUUUCGAUUAUGUGGAAAGCAGAAUGACUUUCAUUGCACCUAAUUUGUCUAUGAUCGUCGGGGCUUCUACAGCUGCAAAAUUGGUUGGGCUUGCUGGUGGACUAACUAGACUAUCGAAAAUGCCUGCAUGUAACGUUCUGGUUUUGGGAGCACAGAAAAAGACUUUGUCUGGGUUUUCUAAAGUGGCGAUGCUGCCACAUGCCGGUUAUGUGUACUAUUCCGAUAUAGUUCAAGAGACUCCUCCUGAUAUGCGGAGGAAAGCAGCCCGUUUGGUAGCAUCAAAGAGCACGUUAGCCGCUCGAGUAGACGCAUGCCACGAGAGCCAUUUGGGUGAAAUCGGGCAACGUUUUCGCGAGGAGAUCGAAAAGAAGUUGGAUAAGCUACAAGAGCCUCCCCCUGUCAAAUUUAUCAAACCCCUGCCGAAACCAAUCGAAGGUGGUAAGAAGAAGCGUGGGGGAAAGCGAGUACGAAAGAUAAAGGAACGAUACGCUAUAACUGAGUUCCGCAAACAGGCUAACAGAAUGAAUUUUGGAGAUAUUGACGAGGACGCAUAUCAAGACGAUUUGGGAUAUUCCCGUGGUACCAUUGGAAAGACGGGCACCGGCAGAAUCCGACUGCCACAGAUCGAUGAAAAAACUAAGGUCCGGAUUAGUAAAACGCUUCAGAAAAACUUACAAAAACAGCAGCAGGUGUGGGGUGGAAGUACCACAGUCAAAAAACAAAUCUCCGGUACUGCAUCCAGCGUAGCUUUCACUCCAUUGCAAGGUCUUGAAAUAGUCAAUCCACAAGCGGCCGAGAAGUCCGCUAGCGAAAGUACGGCAAAGUAUUUUUCAAACACAUCGGGAUUUUUAUCUGUCGGAAAGAAAACCACAUAAGGAUCUGGUUCGGAUAUUGUUCUUAAAACAAUGAACUGUUUUUUUUUCAAUGUGUUUAAUAAAUUAUUUUAAAAAUCAA